AUGGCGCCCAAGAAAAAGGGCAACAAGGCGGCCCAGGAUGAUUGGGAAGCGGAACUGGGCGAGUCCAUUGCCCCUCCUGCCACCAACGACGCCUCGCCCGAUGCCGACGGCGACAAUGAAGACGACGCGGGCGGAUCAGGCGGCCUGAUGGCCAUGCUCAGGAAGAACAAGGAGAAGCGCAAGAAGAAGGGCUUGCAAGAGGACGACCUCGUCCAGGGCGAGGAUCCUCCCACUUCCGCCCCAGCCCCCGCCGAGGCAACCAAAGCUCCUGAAGAGGCCGCGACACAGGAAUUUGCCUUGCCCAACAAAAAGGGCAAAGAUGGCGGCAAAGCCAAGCAGGCCGCCAAAAAAGACAAGCUCGACGAUGCUGAGGAUGGCGGCAAAAUUCUCACAAAAGCCGAGAAGGAGAAGCUGAAAAGAGAGCGUGAGAAGCAGCGAAAAAGGGAACAGGCCGCCAAAAAGAAGACUACCGCGCCCGGCAAGGCUCCUGAGCCGCCCAAGCCGGCCGCUGCCGUCAAGGAGGCCGCCGCGGAGCCCAUGCCUGCUGCUGCUGCUGCACCCGACGCAGCAGGCAAGAAGAAGAAGCUCCCGGCUCAUCUGGCCUUGCUCCAGAAGCAGCAGGAGGAUCUUCGCCGCCGGCGGGAGGAGGAAGAGCGCCUUGAGGGCGAGGCCAAGGCCCGCUUUCUGGAACAAGAACGUCUAGCCGCCGAAGAGUUGAAGCGCAAGGAAGAGCUCAAGGCUUUGAAGAAACAAAAGGAAAAGGAGCGAAUUGAGCAGCUCAAGAAGGAGGAAUCUGUGGAAGCAGAGUCCAAAAAGAAGACGGCCUACGACAGCAAGAAGAAGCGGGGUAAGAAUGAGCAAAAGAUCGACGAGGACGCCGUCUUGGCUGAAGCUGCUGAGCGAGCCCGGGUUCAGGCUGAAAAGGCCAUGAAGGAGGCUGAAGAAAAGGCGACGCCUGCUGCCGAGGCUGAGACCGAGGACGUCAAGGGAAGCUGGGACGCCGACUCGGACGACGAUGCCGACCAGAAGGCGGCGGAGAAGGGAGGAGAGGAUGGAACCGGGGAAGAUGAGAGCGAGUCUGAUGAGGAUUCUGACGACGAGCGCAUCUCUGCGGCGAGACAAGCCGAGGCCCAGCGCAAGAAGAUAGCCGCGGAGCGGAGAGAAAAGGCACACCAAGCCGCCUUGGCCGCCCGCUCCGAAGACGAUCUGCGCUCGCCCAUCUGCUGCAUUCUGGGUCACGUCGACACCGGCAAAACCAAGCUGCUUGACAAGGUCCGCCAGACACACGUCCAAGAAGGCGAAGCGGGCGGCAUCACGCAGCAGAUAGGCGCCACCUACUUCCCGGUGGACGCCAUCAGGCAAAAGACGGCCGUCGUCAACAAGGACAAUAAGUUCGACUUCAAAGUUCCCGGUCUUCUCGUCAUCGACACCCCUGGGCACGAGUCCUUUUCCAACCUGAGGUCUCGAGGCUCAUCUCUCUGCAACAUUGCCAUUCUAGUCGUCGACAUCAUGCACGGUCUGGAGCAACAGACCUUGGAGUCCAUGCGUCUCCUCCGAGAUCGAAAGACGCCAUUCAUCGUCGCGCUGAACAAGAUUGACAGGCUUUAUGGCUGGAAAAAGGUGGAGAACAAUGGCUUCCAGGAGAGUCUGGCGCUUCAGAACAAGUCGGUCCACAACGAGUUCAAGAAACGCCUGGAUGACACGAAGCUUGCGUUUGCUGAGCAAGGCUUCAACUCGGAGCUCUUCUACGAGAACAAGUCCAUGGCCAAAUUCGUCUCCCUGGUACCCACGUCGGCUCACACUGGUGAGGGUGUACCUGACAUGCUGAAACUGAUUGUUCAGCUCACCCAAGAGCGCAUGGUGGGCUCUCUGAUGUACCUGUCAGAGGUUCAAGCAACCGUUCUCGAGGUCAAGGCCAUUGAAGGCUUCGGCAUGACCAUUGAUGUUAUUCUAUCCAACGGUGUGUUGAGGGAAGGCGACAGGAUAGUCUUGUGCGGUACCGAGGGCGCCAUCAAGACCAACAUCAGGGCUUUGCUCACCCCGGCGCCGUUGCGCGAGCUGCGUCUCAAGUCGGCUUACGUGCACAAUAAGGAGGUCAAGGCUGCGCUCGGUGUCAAGAUCAGUGCUCCCGGGCUUGAGGGUGCUAUUGCUGGCUCCAGGCUGAUGGUUGUCGGGCCCGAUGACGACGAAGAGGACAUUGAGGACGAAGUCGAGUCCGACCUCACCAACUUGCUCAGCAGAGUGGAGAAGUCGGGUCGCGGCGUCAGCGUCCAGGCAUCGACUCUAGGAUCCCUCGAGGCCCUACUAGACUUCUUGAAGGACUGCAAGAUCCCUGUGGCCAACGUCGGCAUCGGUCCCGUCUACAAGAGGGACAUUAUGCAGUGCGGCAUCAUGCUGGAAAAGGCACCCGACUAUGCUGUCAUGCUUUGCUUCGAUGUCAAAGUCGACAAGGAAGCCCAUGCAUACGCCGAGGACCAGGGAAUCAAGAUCUUCACCGCCGACAUCAUCUACCACCUCUUUGAUUCCUUCACCAAGCACAUGGACGAGAUGCUGGAGAAGAAGAAGGAGGAGUCCAAGAUGCUCGCCGUCUUCCCUUGCGUUUUGAAGCCCAUCGCCGUCUUCAACAAGACCAGCCCUAUUGUUGUUGGCGUGGAUGUCGUGGAGGGACAGCUGAAGAUCAACACGCCAAUUGCGGCCGUCAAGUCCAACCCGAUCACCAAUGCAAAGGAGAUCAUCAGCCUGGGCAGAGUGACGUCGAUUGAGCGAGAGCACAAGCAGAUUCCAGUGUGCAAGAAAGGCCAGCCCUCGGUCGCUGUCAAGAUCGAGAUGGGUGGCCAUCAGCCAAUGUACGGCCGGCAGCUGGAAGAGGAGGACUCGCUUUACAGUCUUGUUUCCCGGGCAAGCAUUGACUGUCUCAAGGAGUUUUACCGCAAAGAAGUAUCCAACGAUGAGUGGCAGCUGCUCAUCAAGCUGAAGCCCCUUUUCGACAUCAACUAG